CCUUUUCUUCACCUCCUCCUUCUUCUUUUCUUCCUUCUCCUUUCUUCAUCAACCACUGACAUCUAUGAACCCAUUUGAUUGUUUUAAAAACUACGCGUGUGUUUUGCACCAUGGUUUAUUACCCAUUCUCAUUCUGCAAGAAAUUUACUACUCUCACACGUUAAGCUUUUAUUUACUGCUCUCACACUUUAAGCCGCUCCUUCUUUGCUUUGCCAUUUUUUUCCCCUAUUGAAAGCUUAUCUGAGUGGAAAAAUGCUUUUUUCUCAAAGGUUUUUCUUUCUUCCACGGAGUCUUCUUUUUAGAAUAUGUGUUAUGUUAUCUUUACUCUUGCUUUUCCAGUUAGGACACAGACGCUCUGCGCACAUCCCCUCAGAAUAAAGGAUAACAGAAAAUAUUCCUUCUGCUAAACAGGCAGAAGACUGGGUGUCCUGCCCCCAGGACCCGGUCAUGAACAGCUGCGUGUGCCUGUGCGUGCUGAUGGCCGUCCUGGCGGCGGGGGUCCUGGCGCAGCCCGUGCCCGCGGAGGACCCGGUGGAUCCCGGAGCGCUGCAGCCGGAGGAGGAGACGGCACCCCGCAGGGAGCAGAGAGCGGUGCAGAGGGUGGAUGGCGAUCCCCGGGCGCACCUGGGCGCGCUGCUGGCCAGAUACGUGCAGCAUGUCCGGAAAGCGCCUUCUGGCCGAAUGCCCCCCGUCAUUAAGAACCUGCAGAACCUGCACCCCAGCCACAGGAUAAGUGACCGGGACUACAUGGGCUGGAUGGACUUUGGCCGCCGCAGCGCCGAGGAGUAUGAAUAACCCUCUUAGGGGACCCCCGACUUGGUUAGCACCCCAGGGAGCAACCUCCUAACACCAAGACAGAGUCAGAAAACAAUCACCCUCGUCGUCACUCAUUUUCUGGGAAGUUUGAUGUCUUAAGUAUCUAUUUAUUAAGUUCUCAAUGUGAAAAAAGCUCCAGGGCCACUAUGCUCUACCGCAGAAUUGUACCGAGAAAAGCACUACCCCCUCAUCUGUGACUUCCCAUACCGUGCUGUUGCCAUGCUAUUAAAGUGAUUUCCUUCUG